AUGCUGACGACACCGAGAUCGCCGGACUCCCCCUCUACCUUCUAUUAUGAUACGGCGACGGUGAAUAUUGUCGUGCUGGCGCCUCCGUCGCCCAGCGAAACGAACGUCUCUAGUCCUGCGUCUUCUAGCGACAUCAGCCCCAUACCAGCAAAACGGUGGAUACAAAUAAACGGGGUACAGCGUCUUUUGUCAGCGCUGGUGCUGGCGCCGCUCAUCACGGUCUUCCUGUGGCUUUCACCGGCUUUUGCCACCGCUACGUUUUGCACAAUCGUGACCAGUAUCUGCUCCUACGAGUAUGCGUGGAUACAACACCGCAUCUACUUGCGCUUCAUGACCACGAUGAACGCCUAUGAGCCGCAUCUGAUGCGUAGAGAUGUCGCAAUUGACAACGACCCGGCGCAAAACCAGCACAAUGACGACGGUCGCGUCUCUGAGAUCAUCAAUCGUAGCAUACGAAGCGAGAGAAGCAGCAGCAGCAGCAGAGCGGGCAAUAUAAGUGUAAGCAUUACAGAAGCUGAAGUCACGAACAGAGGAUACACUACAAGCGGUGAGACCGUCCAGCCGCCGCCAUUGACACCCCCGCUGCCACCGAGAGCGGCUAUCGUGUCCCCUCAGCCAGAAAACAUACCUCAAGAUCAACGGCAAAGUCAGGAAACUAAUGCUGAAGAUAACUUCAUGCAUGAUGCGAGUUUCUUAAGCAGUGCUGUGUCCAGAAUGGCCGACAAGCACUUUCACCAAAACGAGUGGAUUGCUGCAUUGGUGCUGUCGGCACUUACUACUGUCGUCACUACGAGCAUUUUCCUGAUCUAUGUCGAACAUAUCCCUGAGCUGCAUGGGAAGCAGUUGUACAAGCUGCGCUGGUUCUACAGUAUCGCCACUGACUUUGUCGCUGCGCUUUGUGCCUUCUUCACGCCGAAUUGGAGGCAUGCGCUCAUCUGUCUCGUGGAAAAAGCGAUUUUUACUCUGUUGACUAUGCAAUCGGCUGCUUGUCCCAUCAACCGCUUUCAUUGUGGAGUUUUCCUAGAGCCGUCACAAGUGUUUCUUUCAGGCGCGGUAAUUAUCGUUUUCUUUCGUCUACAGACGCGCUCAUCAGGGCCUGCCACGUUUCUGCAUAUUGCGCUGGAUAUGCUCGGCUAUCUGUAUAUCAUCGGCACACUUUCCGUGGUUGCCGCCUUUGUGGACGACGAGCGGGUCGAUGCGUACCGUAGGCUGCUAAUCGUGCUGCUUUACGUUAUAUGGGCGUCGGACACCGGGGCAUAUUUGACGGGGAACUUGCUGGAUCGAAUGCACUACAGCCAUUACAAUCGUCUGGCACCACACUUGUCCAAAAACAAGGACUACGAAGGAACAUUCGGUGCCAUUUUAUUUGGCGUCGCUGCGAUGUUCAUCUCCUCAUUUCUGCUUAGCGUACCAGGCUCUCCGGCUGCACAAGUUGGAUUCUCCGUGGUGGCUGUGAUAGUGGGACGACUUGGAGAUCUUUUUGAGAGUCUUUUGAAGCGAGCAGCUGGUGUGAAAGAUUCUGGGAAGCUGAUUCCUGGUCACGGUGGUGUACUGGAUCGCAUUGACGCACUGAUGUUUGCUUCACUUGUGUUUGCACGUUAUUAUGGUACAGCCGUGACGUGA